AUGUUCAAGAUUUAUUUGAUUGCAAAUAUGUAUCGAUUGAAUACUUUGUUCACGAAAUACAGCAAAAGUGUCCCAUUAGUGGCGUCAAUACCGGCUAUAAUAGCGGGUAAUGAUUGGUAUGAAUACAUCCGUCACAACAAUACCACCAAAAGUCACACAAACUCUUCAUUCAAACUAUCGCUAACUCUAAGAAGCGCUCAUUUGGAGGACACGGCGACCGCCGAUCACAUGAGCCAAGUAUAUGAACGAGUUUUGCCAUCAGUGGUAAAGGUUUUCCUUAAAGAAGGCAAUGGCAGCGGAUCUCUUGUGGACGACUCGGGUCUCAUUGUGACCAACGCUCACGUGACAGAGGACUGGCCGCGAGUGAUGAUCCAUCUCUCGGAAUCGAUGCCCAAAUCAGUGCUUUUCGGCGAAGACGACUACAACACCGGCGACGACGACGACGACGACCCUUACAAGUAUUUCGCCGACACCGAAGACGAGUACACGGAUGAACUGCCCGGACACGUCAUCUACUGCGACAAAACUCUGGAUUUGGCUGUUGUGCGCGUGUUUACGGCUCCGAACGCUAUACCGGCGCUAACAGUAGUGGACCGCGACUUACAGCCCGGCGAACCAGUGAUGCCCAUCGGAAUGGGCGGUUCGGUGCCUUUUUGCUGCUCAUUCGGUGAGGUUCAGUUCGUUGGGAUGUCAACAGAUAGGGGCGCUGUGAAUGUGCCCCAACUCCAACAUAACGCCAUUUCAAUUCCUGGAUACUCUGGCGGCCCUGUUGUCGACCGGGACGGUAAUGUUGUGGCCGUCAGUUAUUGGGGCGGCGCCCACAAUAAUAGCGCUAUAUUGGCAAAAGAUGUUCUAGGAGUUCUCGAUAAGGCCAAGAGGUUUGAGAAGGAAAUGAUCACAAAGCGAUACGAUAUGGGAGUCAAACGAUCGCUGGGAUCGGUGUUGGAGCGCACGGACGAUGGCUUAGUGGUCACCGGUUUGGGUAUUAAAGCGGCCGAUGGUUUGCUUCUCAAAGACCGGAUUGUGAAAAUCAAUGGCAAACCUCUCAAAACGUUUACUCAAUUGGAGGAAGCGAUGCAAAGUCUAGACAAAGACCAGCCGUUGGAGCUCACGGUUAACAGUAAGGGAAAGGACAGUGAUAUAAAGAUUACGCCACUGACUGGUUUGCAUUCAAACAAAACCGCAAUCGCGGCGACGAUUGCCACUAAUUACUGGAUUCAAUACCACCGAAGAGAUGGACAAUCACUACAAUUGGUGGCAAACAAUGGAUCCAAUGGUCAUUCUAUGCUAAGAAACGUUCAAAUGACGGGAAAACCUGUGCCGACACAACCAGUAAACAGACCCAAAAUGUUCAGCGAAGAGUGGUUCUCACCGUUUGUAUCAGUGAUGGAAUCGCACCGUAUGUCUGACAGAAAGGCGGGCAUUGAUUCGCGGGAUCACAAUGAUAUUUCCGGAUUCAUAUGCCAUAAACGGGGCUUUGUUUUGGCCAGUAGUGGGACCAAUGCCCCGAAGAACGGCCAGUUCUUAGUCCGUAUGAACAGUGGCCGAGAGUUUGUCGCACACCUCGUGAACAAAUUGCCUGAGUUUGAGCUUAUGGUGCUUAUGCUGGACGACAACACUGUGACCGACUGGCCGACAGUGGAUUGGGGCGAACCAAGCGCUCUGGGACUGGACGACACGGUAUUGUCGAUUGGCUUUGACAAGUGUAUGGACAGAGAUUUUGUCUUAAACGGAACGGUCAUUGACCGGUCAAUCGCCGGCAAUGAUGUUAAUAGCAUUAAGGCUUUAGAUAGAGGGUUACAAUACGGCGUUACAAACCAUCGAUACAUACAUCACACGUCGCUAAUCGGCAAUCGGCCCGCACUGAUCAACACCGCGGGACAAGUGGUGGGCAUUACGUUUCACACCUAUAGUUAUACCGAUCACAUCGCCGUCCCUAUCGAUAACCCAUUGAUCGUCGGUUUGAAAGGAUUUAUGGAUACCUAUAACUGGGAACGGGAGGGCCCACUCCUGGGACUCGUCGUCUAUUACUUAAAUGAUGAGUUGCGGCAAGUGUUGAGUAGUAAAUACCCGGAUGUGAACGCCGAGGGCAAC